UCCAUUAAGAGUUUGUUUCUUUCUUCUAAGCUAGAGUGAGCAGCCGGAGUGGAAACUAUGGCGCGGAAGAAGGUGGAAGGCGAUACCAAACCCAAACCAGCGGCGAACCAGAAGCGGCUGAGCAACGCCGAGCGGUCUGCUCUGUUUGCACGGAGAGAAGCCGCUAAGGUCUUGCGAACUACUCUACAAGGAGACGCUCGGCGCCGAGCCGUUGGGUCCAUAAAGACGCUGGUGUAUAGUCCAUCUGUCAGGAACAAAAGGGCUACUUACGCUUUGGUUUGUCAAACCCUCAAAUAUCUUCCCAUUAUAAAGGAUGUCUUUCACACUGCCAAUGUGCUGAGUAGCAAGUGGAAGAGGCAAGAAGAAUUAAUGUAUAUAAUAUUGUAUGACAUCCUUUUUGGCCAGGAGGCUUUAUUAGCUGGUGAUGCAGAAAAGUAUCUUCUGCAGAAAAAGGAUGUGUUGCAGGCAGCUCUUGCCAAGCUUUUAGUGCGAAAGAAAGUAAAAGAUGUCUCAGAGUUGAUGUCUUCUUAUAAAAUCUCUGACCUUCUGAAACCUUGUUAUGCUCGUGUAAAUACUCUGAAGAUGGACGUAGAGUCUGCCCUGCUCGAAUUUAAGAAACAGUAUGAGGUUUGUCAGGAUGCCAUGGUUCCUGACCUGUUGAUUUUCCCACCAAGGACUGACCUGCAUGAUCAUCCUUUGGUGAAAAGUGGAAGUGUCUUUUUGCAGGGUAAGGCAAGUUCCAUGGUUGCAGUUGCUCUUGGGCCUAAACCCAGAUGGGAGGUCAUCGAUGCAUGUGCAGCACCAGGGAACAAAACUGUUCAUCUUGCUGCUCUAAUGAAGGGAAAUGGAAAGAUAAUAGCUUGUGAACUUAAUAAAGAAAGGGUUAAACGUCUGAAGGACACUGUUAAACUGGCUGGAGCGACUAACGUGAAAGUCAAGCAUGGCGACUUCUUAAACAUGAGUCCUGAGGAUCCAGCGUACUCAAAGGUUCAAGCAAUACUGUUAGAUCCGUCAUGUUCAGGAUCUGGAACUGCUGUUGAUAGAUUAGAUCACUUGCUCCCCUCAUAUACUGCAGACUCUGAUGUAAAUAGACUAGAAAAGCUCGCUGCUUUCCAGAAAAAGGCUUUGGAACAUGCAUUAUCUUUCCCAGCUGUUGAGAAAAUUGUUUACAGCACAUGUUCGAUUAACCAAGUUGAGAAUGAAGAUGUCGUCAAAUCUGUUCUUCCUCUUGCUUCUUCUUAUGGUUUUGAACUGACAACAAUCUUUCCUCAAUGGCCUCGCCGAGGUCAUCCAACUUUUGAUGGAUCUCAACAUGUGCUGAGAACCGAUCUCAUUGAGGACAAGGAGGGCUUCUUUAUUGCUUUAUUUGUUAAGAAGGGCGUGAGUCCUCCAGCCAAGCACACCAGAGAUGUUGGAAACACGUUACGAGCUCUUCAACGAAGAAAGAAAAGAAAGAUGAAUUCUUUCUUCCUCCUCAGAACUUUGGGUUUGUUCUUGCAAUCCUAGUUUUACUUCUAUCAAUCAGGCAAUCCGCAAUUGAUAAAAUCCUAGAGACAAUUGCCAGAAUUUUUGUCCCGGUGAGAAUGUAGUUUUGGCCGAAGUUUUGUUUUUCCAUCUUCAGGUUUCUAAUUGCCUACUAAACAGUUAUAUAGCAAAAACUUACUCGCAUUCACAUUUGAUGCUCACACCAACUGGUAUUUCUCCUCUGUUCUUUUCCUCUUUUUCUUUUCUUUUUUCAAUGUAAUUUUUAUUUUAGUUGUGUAAUCAUUGGAUGGAUCAUCUAUGCACUAAAAUACUGGCGAAUCUGUACAUUGGUCGGGCUAAGACUUUUUUACUCUUUCAUCUAGUAAGUUUUCCUUUUAA